GAAAAGACUGUACCAAUUCCUGAAAAACUGAAUGAAUGGGCACCACGGCCUCCCCCGGAGUUCGUCAGAGAUGUGAUGGGCUCCAGCGCUGGAGCCGGGAGCGGCGAGUUCCACGUGUACCGGCACCUGCGCCGGCGGGAGUACCAGAGGCAAGACUUCAUGGAUGCCAUGGCUGAGAAGCAAAGACUAGAUGAGGAGUUCCAGAAGAAGCUGGAGAGGAACAAGCUGGUUGCGGAAGAACAGACGGCAAAGCGCCGAAGGAAGCGCCAGAAGUUAAAAGAGAAGAAACUGCAAGCUAAGAAAAAUAAACUCGAACAAAAGAAGCAGGAAAAAGAGCCUGAUCAAUCUCAGGAGCACGUCAGCAGUGAGGAUGAUGAAGACGACAGCAAGGAGGAGGAAGAGAAGGAAGAUGAUGCUGAAGAACCAAGUUUUGUGAUGGGAAGGGGAUGAGGCCUUGGAGGGACAGCUGGAAAUGCCAUUCAUUGCUUUAUAUGCAGGAGCAUGAAAGUCUUUUCAUCUCAGCCAAGCAGAACCCACUGGCGUACGCUGCAUCUGCUUAGGUGAACGACCUUCGCCUCACAGGCCCUAGAGAUGUGGAUAGAGAAAUGCCAAAAAAAGAGAUUUUUUUCUUCUUAAUUGCUUGUAUAACUGCUGUGCAGUCUGCUCGAAGUUUGCUCUAAAGAGUCAGCCAUAAGUCUGUGACCCUAGAGUUCUGACAUGGCCCAGAGUGUUUUUCUGCCUGAAAGCUGAAACAUAUCCAUUACCAUUACUGUGAGGGCUACAUGUUCUACUUGCAUCCAAGCUGGUAGCAGUGGGAUUUAUGAAGCUAAGGGAAGGGCCUAACCUGAAGUAGAAAAGUGGUCUGUAGCCAGACUCUCCUGCACUGUGAGCAUCCUGAAUUUGGGGUUUUGUAUGGGAUGAUCUCUAACCCAAAGAAAUUGGUUUAUGUUACUAGACAAGUUCUAUAGAUUUUUAAGCAGGAUCCCUUUUUUAUUGCUAAAACUUUCCCUAUUACUUUUCUUCCAUGUUUUUUAAAUAAAUAAAAGGGAUAUGUUGGAU